AUAUUUCCCUCUUCAAACCAUUCAUCACUUUCUGUUUCCACACUAUAACCUAUAAUUCUUCCCCUAUUAAGUAAAGAGAGGAGAUUCUGUGAAAUGGGAGAGAAAGAUGGAGAAAAGAAGGUAGAAGCGCCGGAGAAGAAGGCCGCAGACGCCGGAGGAAAGAAGGAGGAGGCCGGCCCGAUCGCGGUCGUCAUGAAGCUUGACUUGCAUUGCGAAGGAUGCGCCAAAAAGGUCAAACGCUCCGUUAGCCAUUUCCAAGGUGUUGAGAAAGUGAAGACCGACUAUGAGGCUAACAAGCUAACCGUCACCGGCAAUGUUGACCCGGCGGCGCUGCGCGACAGGGUUGCGUACAAGACCAAAAAGAAGGUUGAGCUCGUAUCUCCUCAGCCCAAAAAGGAAGGUGGAGAUAAGAAGGCUGAAGAGAAACCUGAGAAGAAGGCAGAGGAGAAAAAGGGGGAUGACAAGAAACCCAAAGAGCCUGCGAUUAGCACAGUGGUGAUGAAAGUGAGGCUGCACUGUGACGGAUGCGCACAUAAGGUCAAGCGGGCAAUAACAAAGCACAUUGAUGGGGUGCAGUCGGUUAAAGCUGACCUAGCAAAGGACUUGGUCACGGUGACCGGGACGAUGAAUGUGAAGGAGCUCACAUCGUACUUGAAAGAGAAACUCAAGAGAAGUGUAGAAAUCGUUCCUCCUCCGAAGAAAGACGAUGGAGGCGGUGACAAGAAAGAAAAAGCAGGUGGCGGAGACAAGAAGGAAGGCGGAGGAGACAAGAAGGAGGAGAAAAAAGAGGGCGGAGGAGACAAGAAGGGAGCGGAGGCAAAGGCGGUGAGCGGUGGAGGAGAAGGAAGCAAAGGAGGCGAGGGAGCAAAGGUAGAAGUUAACAAGAUGGAGUACCAUGGUUUGAAUCUACAAACGCACUACGCCAUGCCUAUUUACAACCAAAAUUAUUACAAUCAAGAUUAUGGUCUCCCAGUUAACCACUAUCAAGAUUACCCACCUAACUAUGCUUACGGUAACACUGGCUACGCCGUACAAUACGCUUCGGGACCUCCCCCUCCCCCUCCAACGUAUACGAACGCGAAUAUGGGCAUGAACAUGAACGAUCAAAUGUUCAGUGACGAAAAUCCGAACGGAUGCUCCGUGAUGUGAACCGUGCUAGGUAGCGAAAGGGGUUGGGAUUUAUAAAUGUAAAUAAAAGUUAGAAAAAAUUAAAAGAAAAUACGUUAUAGGAGAGGAAAUUAGAAAAUGAAAUAUAUACAUUGUAACGGUGUAGUAUAUGAAUGCAAACCAGGGCAGGACCGGUGUUUGCGAGGUCGAUUUAUUGUUUGACUUGUAUGUUGCUAUCGAUCAGUUGUUAGUUAAUAAAAUAAACUCAAUUUUUGCUUCGCUAA